CCCUGGACUGCCCCCAGGAGCCCAGUAGGGAAGCAAGACUCCCAAGUCAGGGCAGAGUGAUCUGGACCAGAGCCAGUACUCACAACUCUCCCCUAGUCCUCCUGACACAGGCUGCCUCCAGGGCAGUCGUUAGACAAUCCUGGAAGUCCCCAGCAGUGACCCCCAUGGCUCUGCUGAUCCACUUAUUAGUAUGCAUCUUUGGCUCUGGCUCCUGGGUGGCCAUCAACGGACUCUGGGUAGAGUUGCCUCUGCUGGUAGAAAAACUACCUGAGGGUUGGUACCUUCCCUCUUACCUCACGAUCAUCAUCCAGCUAGCCAAUGUGGGACCCCUCCUCAUCACGCUGCUCCACCGAUUCCGGCCUGGCUGCCUCCCUGAGGUCCCCAUCAUCUAUGCAGUGCUAGCCGUGGGCACGACUGCCUGCGUCCUCUUCGCUUUCCUGUGGGAGAAGACGUCAGUGGUGGCUGGUGUUCCCCAUAGCACAGCCUUCUUGGUCCUUACCUUCUUCCUGGCUCUGGUGGACUGCACCUCCUCUGUCACUUUCCUGCCCUUCAUGGCCCGCCUGCCAGCCCGGUACCUCACCUCCUACUUUGUUGGGGAAGGCCUGAGUGGUCUCCUCCCUGCUCUGGUGGCUCUGGCCCAAGGCUCAGGGCUCAACACCUGUGCCCAAAUCACCAAUAGCUCUAUAACCACUGAGCCACCUAACAGCACCAAAGCGUCCUUCAUCCUUGAGUCACUUAACAUCACUGUGAACCCUGACCUCACCAGCAGCACCCCUCAGCCAGAGACCUGUUACUUGCAACCCAACUUUUCCCCCUUUGUCUUCUUUCUCCUGCUGACAGUCAUGAUGGCCUGCUGCCUGACUGCCUUCUUCGGACUGACUCGUCUCCCUAAGCAGUGGGAACUCUCUACUGAGGACCUCCUAGUUAGUCAGGUGACUCUCAGAUCUUUCCAGCUCCAGGAAACUGGCAGCAGUAACAGAGACAGCUGCCCAUCCGUAGUCCUGCCUGAGGAGAAGCAGGUCACCAUCCGGCCACAGGCCCAAUUAGCCUUCAUCUACUUUUUGGUGGUCUUUGUGAAUGCCCUCACCAACGGAAUCCUCCCCUCUAUCCAGACUUACUCCUGCAUGCCCUAUGGUUCUAUGGCCUAUCACCUGUCUGCCACACUUAGUGCCAUGGCCAACCCCCUCUCCUGCCUCCUGGCUAUGUGCCUAUCCAGUAGAUCUCUCUCCUGGCUGGGGAUGAUCACAGUGGUGGGAACCGGUUUUGGAGCCUACAACAUGGCCGCGGCUGUCCUGAGUCCCUGCCCCCCGCUGAAGGGCUCCCAUUGGGGAGAGGCCCUCAUUGUUAUCUCUUGGGUGCUUUUCACUGGGACCCUGAGCUACGUGAAGGUGAUGACUGGGGUGCUCCUGCGUGACCUGAGCCACAGCGCCCUCGUGUGGUGUGGCGCAGCGGAACAGUUGGGUUCUGCAUUUGGGGCGAUACUCAUGUUUCCUCUUGUCAACGUGCUGCACGUUUUUAAGUCCGCCGAUGGAAGCAGCCCGCAGUGUCCCAGCUGAAAGCAUGCCGAGACAAUUUUUCUGGGCCAGGAAAGCCUAUCACGUGCCCAUCCAAGCUUCCCUCAGACCCUGGCACAGGCAGUCCCAGCUCUCCUCCCCUAGCCAUCGCCAGCAGGGUUAAAGCGUCCAUAACUUGAGCCGUCGGCCCCCCUGUCACAGCCACAAACUCCGUCUUGGUCGGUGUUUUUAGAAACCAGUAUUAUUGGCUUUUGGGCGCGUGCUCUGCCUCUGCCGGAGAGUAGGCUAGUCCAUAAGCCAAGUUCUCUGGAACCCUAAAAGGGUAAGGAAACUGCCAGUAGGCGACAGGCAAGACAAGAUUUUCCCAAGACUCGUUUUCUAGCCACCACAGCAUAUUUCGUAUGCUGCUUUGUAUUUCAAAUACACUUUCCAUUCAUGUCUGAGAUCAAUAAAAUCAGUUUUCUACUUUCUACAA